GAUGGAUAUGAAAAUGUUACUAAAGCAACAGAAAAAGGUGUAUUAUUAUUAAAAGAUAUUAUCAAAUUUUUUAAAAAAAGAAUUCAAUCAGAGGAAGAGUACUCAAAGACAUUAAAUAAAUUGGUUUUAAAAUUUGAACCAAUGGCACCAGAUGGAUAUAUUGGACCAAAGCUAAAGAAUACAUGGGAGCAAAUCAGAUUGGAAACAUUAGCACAUUCAAAUCAUCACGAAAAUAUUGGUAGUAAUAUAUCAACACAUAUUAUUGAGCCAAUUGAGGGACUGAUAGUGGAUUUGGAGCAGAAAUUAAAGGUUAUACAUAUAGAUGCCGAAAAGAUAUUCACAUUAUAUCAAGAAUCGGUAAUGAAGUUAAAGAAAGCCAAACAAAACUAUGAUCGUCUAUGUAAAGAUUCGUUCGAGAUUACAGGUGUUACUAAAGGUGAAACCCAAAAGGUUCAAAAGAGAGCGAUCAAAGCAGCACAGGAUGUAAUUAAAGCCGAUAAAGAGUACCGUGGUCAAAUCAACGAAACCAACAACUCUCAAAAACUAUUUUUAAGUGAACAAAUUCCUAAAAUAAUGAAUGAUCUUCAAAGACUCGAGAUGGUUCGUAUUCACAUGGUCAAGACAUACUUUUUACGUUACUUCAAGAGUUUAGAAGCCACUCCACAAAAGUUCAACACAGAAACAGAGAAUUUAUUGGCAUUAAUCUCUGGUAUAAACAAUGAAGAUGAAAUUCAAGAUUUUGUUAGAAAAUCUAAAACCACUCAUAAAUAUCCAAAACCAUUCGAAUAUGAACCAUAUUUAGAUAGAUUCUCACAACACUCACAACAACCUAGUCCACAAAUUUCAUCUCCACAAUUACUUUCACCAAGAGAUGCCCCAUAUUUUAAUAACAAUUUCAACACCAUCACACAGGCACAACAAACAGCACCAAAUCAUAUAUCAAACUCGUUAUCAUUGUCAUCAGAAAAUAUACAUAAUACAAGCACAGGAUCAACCAGCAGCAGCGGUGGUAGUGGCAGUAACAACAAUACACCAACCAAAGAAAAAAAACCAGGUGUUUGGAACUUAAAGAGAUUUAGCUCAUCCAUUUCAAAUAGUGAUAGAAAAUUAUUAAAUAAACAAAUUCAGUCCAUUGGUUUGGCUCACAAUGGUGGAAAUGUUUUCGGUUGUAAGAUAGAGGAUAUUAUGUUUAAUCAAAAAAAGAAAUACCCAUUAUUGGAAGUCCCAUUCAUUAUAGUAUUCCUUAAGCAAAAGUUAAUUUCAUUGGAUGUAUAUAAAACUCAAGGUAUAUUUAGAGUUCCAGGCAAUGUUGUAGAUAUCAAUAGCUUAAAGAAAAGAUUUGAUGAAGGAAACUAUGAAGUAGGCACCAAUGAAAAUGUUUAUACUGUAGCAUCACUAUUAAAACUUUGGUUAAGAGAGAUCACCGAACCAUUAUUCCCCCCAACCACUUAUGAGCAAUGUAUUGCCACCACUAAAAAAGAACAAGUAUGUGAAUUGGUCGCUUCUUUACCAUUACUAAAUCAAAAAAUCAUCGGUUAUAUUAUCGAAUUCCUCCAAGAGGCCAUCAAACCUGAGUAUGUUGAAACUAGUAAAAUGGGUUCAGAUAAUUUAGCUAUGGUUUUCUCUCCUUGUUUCCUUAGAUCACCUCACACCGAUCCAAAUAUACUUUUAGGUAAUAUCUUUAAAGAAAAAGAGUUCGUUAAGAAUCUUAUUGAAGGAUUGGUACCAUUGGAAGUAUGUGAUUCAUUAGAGGGCCCAUCAGCUGUAACUAUUAGUGUAAAUCAACUCAACAAAGCAGUUAAACCAUUAGUUGGAACAUCCUCAUCACCAAUGAAAUCGGGUACAGAGAAUGUUCCUCAAUCACCAUCUAAUACAAAUAAUAAUAAUGGUACACCAACUAAAUUAACCACUCCUUCAAUUACCCAACAAAAUCUUCAACAAAAGAGUUUAAGUACACCUCUACCAUCAAUCAAACCAUUCAACAAUAUUAUGCUUUCACCAAUUAUUGAAACCUCACCAAAUAAACAACAUCCACCUUUAUCUUUAUCAACCUCAUCAUUAUCAUCAUCAACUACUUCAAUGCCAGCAUCAAAUAUAUCAUCAUCAUUCUCAUCUGCCUCAACAUCAUUAAGCAGCAGCACAGGCGAAAUAAUGAGUCCACCACAACAUCCAAAGAUUAGUCAAAUUAAAGGUGAAGAAAAUUCAACACCAAUUAAAUCAGGCAAUGGUGAAAAGGUACCAGUUCAUUUAAUGUCACCAUCUGAAGUUAAGCGUAGAUCAGAUCAUAGAUAUUUAGAAAAUCAAGAAAAAGUUAAAGAAAUGAUUGAUGAAAUCCACACUCAACUCAAUGAAUUAUACUCUGAUAUUACAACCAUCGAAUCAACAUCCUAUUUUGCUAUGCAAUCAUCCCUUGCCAUCACCAAAUUCACCAAAUCACUUGAAACAUUCUUAACAUUGGAUAUGUGGACUCUUACAUUACCAGAGAUCAAAGAUCAAAUCGAAAAGAAUAAAUUUGUAUCACCACCACCAUUAAACUUUAAGAUUCCAUCAAAAUUACCAAAACUCACACCUACUGAAUUAGCAAGCAAUCAAUCAUCAAUUGAUUUAUUAAGACAAUGGUUGAUCAAUAUAACAUUAACAGUCAAUCGUGCAAAUGAAUAUCUUUGCUAUUUAGGAGGUGUUGUAAUUCGUAUAUAUUCACCAGAAAGUAUUAGACUAAUCCAAAAUCUUUUUGUCGAUAUUAACCUUAGACCAUCAGUCGAUAGUAGUAAUAAAUUUGCAAACUUGACUCUUGAGCAAGCAACCGUUUUCAUUCAAAAAACAAUUAGUCUUUUAGGACCAUUAAACCCAUUCACUGAAGAAGAACUCAAUAUUAAUACCAAAGUAUUAGAAACCGUUACUCCAGCAUCGUUUUCACCAGCAUUACUAUCUGAACAAGAUAGUUUAUCAGGUAGCCCAAUUAAUUUGGAUGGAGUUAAUAGCAUCAGCAGCAGUGGAAACACCAAGGAAGGCUCAUCUCAUCCAACACAAUUCAAUUUCUCUGAAGAUAAUCACAGCACAAAUAAUAGUGGUAGUAAUUUAAGCAUCAACAGCACAAACUCAACUAAAAUGAUGGAUGAUUUCGACGAUGAUAUAAUCGAUUUUAACAGUAAAUUAAAAAUAGAGGAAGAAAAUAAAAAGCAAUUACAAGAAUACAGACAAUUAAUUAUCGAUAUAGUUUCAGACCUUAAAGAUAAAAAGAAAUUAUUAAAUCAAUGUUCAGAGUCUGAUGAUUCUCAAGUUAAUAUUCGUUCAAUUGCCAAAUAUUGUCUAACUCUCAAACGUGAAUUGGAUACAUUUAUAAAUGAAAAUGACCUUAGUAAUCAGAUAGAAAACGAAAUCGAUCCAAUUAUCAACAAAGAUAACGAUUCAUUUACAAAUUUAAAAAUUAUGACAAAUCAUUUCAUUGGCAGAAUUUCAUUCAUUUUAGCAACAAUCAAAAAUAACUCGGAAUUCAAUCCAAAAUUAUUUGAAUUAUUACUAAACUAUAAAUAAAUCUAAAAUAUACAUUUAACUUCUU